UUCUAGCAUUUAAUUUCUUAAAACUUUGUAUAUAAUAAAACCUUAUGCAAGCUUUUAGUUUAACCGUUCAUAAAGAACAAUAUUCUUCAAAACUUCCUUAUACACCCUUCUCUUGAUAGCUUCCUUAGCAACUCUACUACACUAGCUUCAACAAAUCAAUAUGAUGAAAUUAGUGCUAAAGGUAGAACUCUAUGAUGAUAGAAUCAAGAAAAAAGCCAUGAAAACAGUAUCUGGUCUUUCAGAAUUUUCAGGGGUUGAGUCUGUUUCAGUGGACAUGAAGGAUCAAAAACUGAUAUUAAUCGGUGACAUAGAUACUGUUAAUGUAGUUGAAAAGUUAAGGAAAUUAUGCCAUGCUGAAAUAGUUUCAGUUGGACCAGCCAGAGAAGAGAAGAAGGAAGAAGAAAAAAAAGAAGAGGUAAAGGAAGAAGCAAAGAAAAAGGAUCCAAAAGAAGAAUUGGCUGAACUUAUGAAAGCAUAUGAAUCAUAUUAUAAUCAAAUGAGACAGCCAACACAUCCUUAUUACUAUUAUAGAACUAUUGAAGAAUCUCCUAGUGGUUGUGUUAUUUGUUGAAUAAUAUUAAACUUUAUGGAAUUUAGUAUAUAAAUGAGAAUAAGAAAAAAAAGUUUGAGGUUGGAGGAGAGUUAUGGUUCA